CGGAAGCGGGCGCAGCGAUGGCGGCAGCCGUGGGCAUGGGGCAGCAGUGGGUGCUGGUGGAGAUGGUGCAGGCCUUCUACGAGGCCCCAGCUUACCAUCUCAUUUUGGAAGGAAUUCUGAUACUAUGGAUAAUUAGACUCCUUUUCUCCAAGACCUAUAAGCUUCAAGAACGAUCUGAUCUAACACCUAAGGAAAAAGAAGAAUUGAUUGAAGAGUGGCAGCCAGAGCCGCUUGUUCCUCCUGUAUCAAAAGAUCACCCAGCUCUCAACUAUAACAUUGUUUCAGGUCCGCCCACUCAUAAAAUUGUCGUUAAUGGCAAGGAAUGUAUAAACUUUGCAUCGUUUAAUUUCCUGGGACUUUUGGAUAAUGAAAAGGUUAAGAAUGCAGCCCAGGCAUCUCUGAAGAAGUAUGGUGUUGGCACUUGUGGACCUAGAGGCUUCUAUGGCACUUUUGAUGUGCACUUAGAGUUAGAAGAACGACUUGCAAAAUUCAUGAGGACAGAGGAAGCUAUUAUAUACUCAUAUGGAUUUGCAACAAUUGCCAGUGCUAUUCCUGCAUAUUCAAAAAGAGGAGACAUUGUGUUUGUUGAUGAAGCUGCCUGCUUUGCUAUUCAGAAGGGAUUACAGGCAUCUCGUAGUAACAUCAAGUUAUUUAAACAUAAUGAUAUGGCUGACCUUGAACGACUAUUGAAAGAACAGGAGACUGAAGAUCAAAAGAAUCCACGCAAGGCUCGUGUAACUCGAAGGUUUAUUGUAGUGGAAGGAUUGUAUAUGAAUACAGGAGACGUCUGUCCUCUUCCAGAACUGAUAAAACUGAAGUAUAAAUACAAAGUUAGAAUUUUUUUGGAGGAGAGCCUUUCCUUUGGAGUUCUUGGGGAACAUGGACGAGGACUUACUGAACACUUUGGCAUAAAUAUAGAUGAUAUAGAUCUCAUCAGCGCAAACAUGGAAAAUUCACUGGCUUCUAUUGGAGGAUUUUGCUGUGGAAGAUCUUUUGUUAUUGAUCAUCAGCGAUUGUCUGGUCAGGGCUACUGCUUUUCUGCAUCCCUACCUCCUUUGUUAGCUGCUGCUGCUAUUGAGGCUCUGAAUAUUAUGGAAGAAAAUCCAGACGUUUUUCAGACUCUUCAGAGAAAAUGCAAGCGAAUUCACAGAGCUUUACAAGGGAUUUCUGGCUUAAAGGUGGUGGGAGAGUCUUUUUCUCCAGCAUUGCACCUACAAUUGGAAGAGAGCUGUGGAUCUCGAGAAAAUGAUGUGAAGUUACUGAAAAGAGUUGUAGAUUAUUGCAUGAAUAGUGGUAUUGCAUUAACUCAGGCACGCUAUCUGGAGAAGGAAGAAAAGUGGCUUCCUCCACCUAGUAUUCGAGUAGUGAUAACAGUGGAGCAAACAGAACAAGAACUGGACAAGGCUGCAUCACUUAUUAAGGAAGCUGCACAGUCUGUACUGAAUUAGACUGUUUUGGAUACCUAUUUUUCCCUCAAAUUAUCAGGAUACAUGUUUUACACUGUGUAGUGUCUUGGCUUCCACUUCAGAUACUCAAGUUCGCCCACUGAAGGCACUGAAGCCUUACGAGUGACAAGAUUGUUCCAGAAUGGUACAAAUGCAGUGAGGGGAAGAAUACUGAAUUUCAGAACUGGUAAAUGACCCAGUGUAUUUACAACUUCAAACUCUUUAUUAUUUAGUAGCAUUCCUUAAAAUGGAAUAUCAACAUUGCACAUAGAUUUUCAUAAGUUUCAUCUUAAAAAGCCUUAAAUUUAUUUCUGCAUCCCUUUAAUGUUUUCAAAAAAGUGUGUAAACAUUCAUUUUUCCCCAAAAAAUAUUUAAAAUGCAUUAUUUUCUCUGAAUACUCUCAGAACGUAGGAACUUCAAAUAAAUUUCAAGGAUUUUGUUUUGUUCAGAAUUAAGAUAGCUUGUCCCUAAUACUGCCAAAAAAGAAAGAAAACACAUUAAGAGAUAUAUUUCAGCUAUAUUAAGUUGUUCGUUAUUGAAUCACAGUGUGAACUUCAAUUCUUAUUUGUUAACUAUUUCUGGAAGGCAGUUUUUCAGAAUACCUGGCCAGAUUAUUCAGUUGUCUAAAUGAUAAAUUCAUAUUAAACACUAUUUGCUUACUGCAUUUCAUAUGUAAAUAUAUGCAUGAUUGACAUAUGGGUGAGGUUUUUCGUAUCAUUAACUUAAAUACCUAAACUUAAACCGCUGAAUUGUGAAAUUGGUGCAAUUUCACUAUAGUAUGUUCAGACAGGGGGCCUUUGCACAAGUCUUGAAGAGGAGGUGUAAACAAUAUGAAGAAUGAAACAAAAUUCUGAAACGGCCACUGGUAUAAGCUUGUUCAAACAACAUUGAAGCACUAAAAUGUGUGUGCUAAGUUGUAUCUCUAAACAGCUAUACCUUAGAAGGGAACACUCGGAGAUAGAUAGUAAGAUUUUAGGGGUACAAAUACUACUGAAAUGCAGCUCAAUAUGUAUGCCUAAAAUCCUCAGUCAUUGGAAAAUAAUUAUUUGCAGAUUGUGCUGUAAGGAUUUUCAGUAAGCACAGAUGGACAGAAACAUUAUACCAAUCAGAAAACUGGUAAGAGAGGUUAACAGUGAACUGUAACUUUUUUAUAAAAUAGAAACAAUAACCAUGUAUUUCAGGAUUUUUUUUUAAGAAUACCUGUUUAAAAAACUUUGUAUUCUGCCUGAUCUGUAUUCUGCAUUGUUUUAUAAUUAUGUGCCUUUUUGGUUGCUGCUACAAGAACUACAGUACUAUUUUUUUGAGAAAAAAAACAUUGUUUGAAUAAAAUGUUAAACAUGGUUAAUUAAAAUCUUCCUGUAUCCGUGGCUGAAAUAUGCUAUAAAAUCUAGUUACAUUUUGUUGAAUGUUCUGCAUCAGAUGCCUGUAGUCCAUGUUGUUUCCUUCGGUUCAUAGUGACCAAAUUUGUACUGAUUUUCCAAGCUUCUCACCUGUGUAUAUUCAGGUAAACCAGCUAAAGUUAUGUUCAGGCACUUUUGUGAUUGUUGCUGCUGCUAUUAGAAAUAGUGUCUCUGAAAACACACUGUGCAGUGUAAAGAAAGCUUUAUCCCUUUGUGAAUGAGUAUUGCUAUUAUAUUGGCAUUUAUGAGUCUCCCUCUCCCUUAACUUUAAGAGCCUAUGAGAAGCCAACAAUUUAAAAGAGCAAAAAAAUUGUUCCCUUCUACUAGGCAACUAUCAGAUUUUGUGCCUCAAAAUCCUCACAGGUAUUUUUUCCUCUGUCUUGAAAGAUACCUAUAAAUGAUGCAGUAGCAUGUCAUUUCUUUAAAACAUGAGGAAGAAGGCUGAUUUUCAUUUUACAGGUGGGAACUGAAGCGCAGAGCAAUCAACUUUUCUCAGGGCCCUCAAAGAUUAUGACAGAGCUGGAAAUGAAAACUUACUGCUCUGCUUUGAGUUUGUAAAGCAUUUUUGUUUUUAUAAUACAAAAUUGUAUUGUCAAAGGCAUAUUCAAACCUUAGAUGUGUAAGCUGGGAACAAAUGAGAUGCUUGGAUCUAACAUGACAUAGUAAAUUGUUUCAGAGUUCAGGGUAAGCCUAUGCAGAUAAGCAAAUCACUAGUUAAUAGUGAAAUUUUAGAUUGCAAAAUCUAUUCACUGUUCACAUUGUGUUUCAAAUUUUCUCCAAACAUGGAGAAUUCUUUUGGUGCUGCUACUGAGAACUAGAAGCAAACUUUAGAUAUAUGUGUGGUUUUGUUUUUUGCUUUUUUUAAAUGAGGUGAUGACACCUAAAUUGGCAGGAAGCAAUGGAACUUGUGAGAGUUUCAAAGCCAUGACUAAGUGGUUCUGAGAGAAAAAAAGUUUGAGUAUGUCUUUAAGAGACAUUAUCCUCCAAUUCAUUUAGCAAACUUAAACCCAGCAUUAAAACAUUGGUAAAACUACCUUUGUCUGUUGCUGUUGUUUAUAGUGCUUAGAAAAUCAGCACUUAGAUCACAGUGAAGUAUAAUGGCUUGUAGUUAAUAGCAAUUGAAGUAUUUUCAUAACGUGUGUUUUACUGAUAGACUAUAUACAUGGCCUCUGGCAGAAAUUAAGAAGCUCAGGUGAUCUAGUUGGUGGAGAGAGAUAUUCCAUGUCAGUUUAAGCAUGUCUGGCCUUCUUCAUUUUGGCUCUUUUGAGAAAUGCCUCUGACAGGGCAAGCAGAUGAAGGGAAUGAUGGCUGUGGGGAAGAAUGGUUGGCUUGAGUUAGGGAGACAGCAGGUGAUUCUGGUUAAACUUUUGACAUUAGGAAGUCAGAUUUGGAAGCCUGUUAGGAAGCUUAAACUCUCAGUGCUGUAGGCUGAUAAAUAUAUGAAUAAGCCUGGUUUAGGUGCUUUGUGGUUACGUUUAGAUGAAGCCAGACUUUUUCACACAUUUCAUCAGAUGUGGCAGCAAGGCUGGAUCUUGGAUCCAAAUAAAUGGAAAGCUAUUCAGCUUUACAGUGAGGUAGAUCAAACCAAUAAAGUUAAGUUCAUCCUGAACUUCAAAGUUUCUAUUUAAAAUAAAAGUCCAAAUUCUUGAUUCAACUAAUUUAUGUAUUUUUGCCUCUGCCAAAGAUUGGGAUCAAAGUCUCAUCAAAGUGAAAGCAUCAGGAUGAUUAGUGAUUAAAAAAUAAAUAUCGUUAAUUUUUUACUAAAGCUUAGUAUUUAAUACUUGAGAAAUAAUAUAUUCUAAUUGUGAAAUGACCAUCUGUUGAAAUUGUCCUUAUGAUUAUAGUUGUUUGCAAUACAUAAGUAGUU